CGGGGCCGGGCUGGAGGAGAAAGGAAACCUGCUGGGGGAGGCGGCGGCCGGUGAAGGAACGAGGGAGGAGAGUUCACUUUUGCUCCAGUGUCAGCGCGCGGCGGCUGCAGCGGACUCUGGGGUGGAAGCACCGAGGGAGCAGGUCGCCCAUCUCAGAGCCGGCGGGCGAGGGCAGAGAGGCGGGAUCCCAGCGCGCCGGCGGGGCGCGAAGCCCGCGAGCCUGGCCAGCGAGGGGAGCCGUGGGGGGCGCGCCCCGGGAGGGCCCCCGGAGACGCGCAAGAUGCCCCAUGAAGAGCUGCCGUCUCUGCAGAGACCUCGCUAUGGCUCUAUCGUGGAUGAUGAAAGGCUUUCUGCAGAGGAGAUGGAUGAGAGGAGGCGGCAGAACAUUGCUUAUGAAUAUUUGUGCCAUCUGGAGGAAGCCAAGAGGUGGAUGGAAGUCUGCUUAGUGGAAGAAUUGCCCCCAACCACUGAACUGGAAGAAGGGCUUCGGAAUGGAGUUUACCUUGCGAAGUUAGCCAAGUUCUUUGCCCCAAAAAUGGUAUCAGAGAAAAAGAUCUAUGAUGUGGAACAAACGCGUUAUAAGAAGUCUGGCCUUCAUUUUCGACAUACAGAUAAUACUGUCCAGUGGUUGAGAGCCAUGGAGUCUAUUGGACUACCCAAGAUAUUUUAUCCAGAAACAACAGAUGUCUAUGAUCGGAAAAACAUACCAAGAAUGAUAUAUUGCAUUCAUGCCCUAAGUUUAUAUCUGUUCAAAUUAGGAAUAGCACCCCAGAUCCAGGAUUUGUUGGGCAAAGUGGACUUCACAGAGGAAGAAAUCAGUAAUAUGAGAAAAGAACUUGAGAAAUAUGGAAUACAAAUGCCAUCUUUCAGCAAAAUAGGUGGUAUUCUGGCCAAUGAACUGUCUGUGGAUGAAGCUGCAUUACAUGCUGCAGUUAUAGCCAUUAAUGAAGCUAUUGAAAAGGGAGUAGCAGAGCAGACCAUUAUAACACUAAGAAAUCCAAACGCAGUUUUAACUUUAGUGAAUGACAACUUCGCACAGGAGUAUCAGAAAGAACUCUGGGAAGCCAAAAAGAAAAAAGAAGAAAAUGCAAGACUGAAGAAUAGCUGUAUUUCAGAAGAAGAAAGAGAUGCAUAUGAAGAACUGCUGACACAAGCAGAAAUCCAAGGAAAUAUCAAUAAAGUCAAUAGAUUGGCUGCCGUGGACCACAUCAAUGCUGUCAUUCGGGAAGGUGACCCUGCAAAUACACUGCUUGCACUGAAGAAACCGGAGGCCCAGCUGCCUGAGGUCUAUCCCUUUGCUGCUACUAUGUAUCAGAAUGAACUCCUCAACCUCCAGAAACAGAACACCAUGAACUAUUUGGCCCAUGAGGACCUCUUGUUUGCGGUGGAAAUGUUGUCUGCUGUUGCUUUACUAAACCAGGCCUUGGAGAGCAAUGAUCUUGUGUCUGUGCAGAAUCAACUCAGAAGCCCCACAGCAGGCUUCAACAAUCUGGAUGAGGCAUGUGUGGAACGUUACGCCAAUGCACUACUCUCCAUUAAACUAGAAGCCUUAUCCCAAGGGCAAGAUAACUUGAGCUGGAAUGAAAUUCAGAAUUGCAUUGAUAUGAUUAAUAUUGAGAUUCAAGAAGAAAAUGAUCGAAUUUUGGCUGUAGGAUUCAUCAAUGACGCUAUAGAUGAAGGAAAUCCUUUGAAGACUUUAGAUACCUUGAUGUUACCUAAUGCUAAGAUUAGAAAUGUGGACCCUGAUCGUGCCCAGCACUACCAGGAUGUUUUACACCAUGCAAAAUCACAGAAACUCAUGGAUCUUGAGAGUGCUUCCAAAGUUCUUUGGCUGGAUGAGAUACAGCAAGCCAUCGACGAGGCCAAUGUGGAUGAGGACAAAGCAAAGCAAUGGGUGACACUGAUCGUUGAUGUCAAUCAGUGUUUGGAGGGGGAAAAAUCAAAUGAUAUUUUGUCUGUAUUGAAAUCUUCUGCUUACGCACACGACAUAAUCCCCGAAUGUGCUGACAGAUACUAUGAUGCCCUUAUGAAAGCAAAAGAGAGCAAAUCUGAAUAUGCUUCUAGUGAUGGCUCAUGGUUCAAACUCAAUCUGCAUGAUAAAUAUGAUUACUAUUACAACAUUGAUUCUCAAGAGAGUUCUUGGGGGCCACCUGAAUCAUAUGUGCUGAAACAGUCAUGGAUCAUGGGAAAAGAAAUUGAGGACAUCAUUGAGGAAAUCACUGUAAAUUACAUCCGUGAGAAGAUGUGGUCUACUUCAGAAGAUUUGUUUCUUCACCUUAAAGGAAGUUCAGGAUCCCUCCUUAGGGAAGAGUUUGAAGCUAGGAAAUCUUUUUUGUAUGAACAAGAAGCAAAUGUGAUCAAAAUACAGGCUUUUUGGAAGGGACAUAAACAACAGAAGGCAUACACAGCCAGGCGAAAAAUGUUCGUUGACAAUAUUAAUUCUAUUGUGAAGAUUCAGUCCUGGUUCCGAAUGGCAAAAGCAAGAAAGAGCUACGUUAAACGACUACAGUAUUUCGUGGAUCAUAAAAAUGAAAUUGUGAAAAUACAGUCCUUGUUGAGAGCAAGCAAAGCUAGAGAUGACUACAAAACACUAGUUGGUUCUGAAAACCCACCAUUAACAGUAAUCCGCAAAUUUGUGCACCUAUUGGACCAAAGUGACUUGGAUUUCCAGGAGGAGCUGGAGGUAGCACGAUUAAGGGAAGAAGUAGUGACCAAGAUCAGGGCCAAUCAACAGCUGGAGAAAGACCUGAACUUGAUGGACAUCAAGAUUGGACUCCUGGUGAAGAACAGGAUCACACUAGAGGAUGUAAUCUCACACAGAACAAAACUGAAUAAGAAAAAAGGAGGAGAAAUGGAAAUACUGAAUAACACUGAACACCAGGGAAUCAAAAGCUUGAGUAAGGAGAGGAGAAAAACACUAGAAACCUAUCAACAGCUGUUUUACCUUCUACAGACAAACCCUUCAUACUUGGCUAAGCUGAUUUUCCAGAUGCCACAGAACAAGUCAACUAAAUUUAUGGACACUGUUAUUUUCACACUGUACAAUUAUGCCUCUAAUCAGCGGGAAGAGUUCUUACUCCUCAAGCUUUUUAAAACUGCUCUGGAGGAAGAAAUAAAGUCGAAGGUGGACCAGGUACAGGACAUAGUCACCGGUAACCCUACAGUCAUCAAGAUGGUGGUCAGCUUCAACAGAGGUGCCCGAGGACAGAACAGCCUGCGCCAACUUCUGGCUCCAGUGGUAAAAGAAAUCAUUGAUGACAAGAACCUGAUCAUCAAUACCAACCCUGUAGAGGUGUACAAGGCUUGGGUGAACCAACUAGAAACACAAACUGGAGAAGCCAGCAAGUUGCCUUAUGAUGUGACCACAGAACAAGCUCUAACGUACCCAGAAGUGAAAAACAAACUGGAGGCAUCCAUUGAGAACCUGAGAAGAGUCACCGACAAAGUCCUGAAUUCUAUCAUUUCCUCCCUUGAUCUACUGCCUUAUGGAUUGAGGUAUAUAGCCAAAGUACUGAAGAAUUCGAUCCAUGAGAAAUUCCCUGAUGCCACAGAAGAUGAGCUAUUAAAGAUUGUUGGAAAUCUCCUGUACUAUCGGUACAAGAACCCUGCCAUUGUAGCUCCAGAUGGCUUUGAUAUCAUUGACAUGACAGCUGGAGGUCAGAUCAAUUCUGACCAAAGGAGAAACUUGGGGUCAGUGGCCAAGGUUCUUCAGCACGCAGCCUCCAACAAGCUGUUUGAAGGAGAAAAUGAGCAUCUCUCAUCUAUGAACAAUUAUUUAUCAGAGACAUAUCAGAAAUUCAGGAAUUACUUCAAAGAAGCAUGUAAUGUCCCUGAACCAGAAGAGAAGUUUAAUAUGGACAAAUACACAGACUUGGUGACAGUCAGCAAACCAGUCAUUUAUAUCUCAAUUGAAGAAAUCAUCAACACGCAUUCACUCCUGUUGGAACACCAGGAUGCCAUUGCUCCUGAAAGAAAUGACUUACUCAAUGAAUUACUGGAGUCGCUGGGAGAAGUGCCCACCGUAGAAUCCUUUCUUGGGGAAGGAGCAGUUGACCCCAAUGACCCUAACAAGGCCAAUACACUAAAUCAACUCUCAAAGACUGAGAUUUCCCUUUACUUGACAAGCAAAUAUGAUAUAGAAGAUGGUGAAGGUAUGGAUGGCCGAAGCCUCAUGAUAAAGACUAAAAAGCUAGUUAUUGAUGUGAUCCGGAACCAGCCAGGGAGCACAUUGACUGAAAUCUUAGAGACACCAGCAACUGAACAGCAGGAAAUAGAUCAUAACAAAGACAUGGUGAGCCGGGCAAUUAUAGACUCCAGGACUCCAGAAGAAAUGAAGCAUAACCAAUCAAUGAUUGAAGAUGCUCAGCUGCCUCUUGAGCAGAAGAAGAGGAAAAUCCAAAGAAAUCUUCGAACUUUGGAGCAGAAUGCACUUGUGUCAUCCAAAAAUAAAUACCAAGACAUCCUCAAUGAGAUUGCCAAGGAUAUUCUAAAUCAAAGAAUCUAUCGUAAGCUACGAAAAGCUGAAUUGGCAAAACUUCAACAGACCCUGAAUGCGCUCAAUCAGAAGGCAGCAUUUUAUGAAGAGCAAAUUAAUUAUUAUGACACCUACAUAAAGACUUGUUUAGACAACUUGAAAAGGAAAAAUAGUCGGAGAUCAAUUAAACUGGAUGGAAAAGGAGAACCCAAAGGGAUGAAGAGAGCAAAGCCAGUGAGAUACACUGCAGCAAAGCUACACGAGAAAGGUGUCCUGCUGGGGAUAGAUGACCUUCAGACAAACCAGUUUAAGAAUGUUGUAUUCGAUAUCUUAGCUACGGAAGAUGUGGGCAUAUUUGAUGUCAGAUCAAAGUUCCUUGGUGUUGAAAUGGAAAAAGUGCAGCUCAAUAUUCAGGACUUACUUCAAAUGCAAUAUGAAGGCGUGGCUGUGAUGAAAAUGUUUGAUAAGGUUAAAGUGAAUGUAAAUCUUCUCAUCUACUUGCUCAACAAGAAAUUCUAUGGGAAGUGAAGUGCCUGCAGAGAUUUCAUGGAUUCUGUAUCACCUGGAUUGAGAUGAAUUUGUUUAAUAUUUUUGUUUUUAAACAUGAUUGAAAUCCCUGCUUAUAAACAUGUGAUUUAAAAAAAAAAAAAAGACCAAAACUGUUCUGAAGAAUGUACCCACGUGCCUUUUUGAUAAUUUGAUACUACAGUAAAAUGAUACACAAAAUGAAUUAAUGUAAACAUAUACAUGUGGUAUAGGUACUCUGAUUUAAAACUCUGGACAGCCUAUGAUUUGUUUUAAAGUAGGAGGGGAAGCUUAGCUAACUAGGGACAAAUAUGUAAGCCUAUUUUCCUAUGAAAAAUUUUAAAAGUCCCACUUUAAUAAUGUAAUUCUUCAUGGAUUGUUUUUUUAUCUAUGGAGAAAUGGUAAUCUAAUUAAUUUGUAAUGAAUUAUUUAGACACAUAGUUCUAAGACCCAUCUUCUGGGAAUUAGCAGUUUUGAGGAAUAUUUGUGCAAUUCAAAAUGAAGUUUUUAUAAGUAAUUGAAAGUGACAAUACAAUAACACUUUCUGUAUAAAAGUAUAUAUUUUAUGUGAUUUAUUCCUACUAAAUGAAAGUGCACUACUGCCUCAUGUAAAGAUUCUAAUAGGAAGAGUCUUUAAGUGACUAAGGAACAACAUGAAUACCAAUCAUAGGCCCCCACCUCUACCCCUCACAAUUUAUUUGAAUACUUCAAUUGUGCCUCUCAAUUUUUUGUAAUGCUAUAAAAUCAAUAUCUAGAUGGUUUUUAAAUGUAUUCUUUGAAAAUUGCUUAAUGUAAAAUAAAUGUUACUUAAUUACAUUAA